AUGGCUACCGUUACAGUUGCCGCAAAGGCUCCAUUCAUAGCUUAUUCUGCUAUUAUCGCUGCAGAGAUCGUGAACUCGGACUCUGACAAAGCCAUCACCGUUGAAUUCGUCGAUGAGAAGACCGCCGAGUCUGGUAAAGAUGUCACCGUGAAGUACGUUGAGAACGGGAACACUGUCACUGGCGACAAGGAGGUUCUCUCUCAAUUGUCUGCUUUGGCUCCUUCUAUCAAGACCUCUGACGAGUCUGCCAACACUUGGGUGCAAUUCGCAUUCGAAAAGUUGGCUAACAAGAACUUCAAGGCCUUGGCUACUGACUUGGAGAAAUUGGACGCCCACUUGAACUUCAGAUCUUUCAUUGUCGGCCACUCGCUUUCCGUCGCUGAUGUUGCUAUCUGGGGUGUCUUGAGAGCCAAUGCUGUCAUGGGCUCUGUUCUCAAGAACGAGGUUUACGCCAACGUCUCUAGAUGGUACAACUUCAUCGGUUCUGACUCUAGAUUCGACUCCGUCGCCGAGAAGACCACGAAAUCCAUCAACGACUUGAGAAAGUCUAUCAAGGCUGCUUCUGGUGCCAAGAAGGAAACACACAAGGCUAACUUCGAAAUUGACUUGCCAAACGCUAAGAUCGGCGAGGUUGUCACCCGUUUCCCACCUGAGCCAUCUGGAUACUUGCACAUCGGACACGCUAAGGCUGCUAUCUUGAACGAGUACUUUGCUCACGCUUACAAGGGUAAAUUGAUCAUCAGAUUCGAUGACACCAACCCUACUAAGGAGAGAGUUGAAUUCCAAGACUCUAUCAUUGAGGAUUUGGCUUUGCUUGGUAUCAAGGGUGACCAGAUUACCUACUCCUCUGACUACUUUGACAAGAUGUACGAGCUCGCUCUCGACUUAAUCAAGGCCGGUAAGGCCUACUGUGACGACACUCCUCAGGAAAAGAUGAGAGAGGAGAGAAUGGUUGGUGAUGCCUCUGCCAGAAGAGAGAGAACUGUUGAAGAGAAUUUGAAGAUCUUCACCGAGGAGAUGAAGAACGGUACUGAAGAGGGCUUGAAGAACUGUUUGAGAGCUAAGAUUGAUUACAAGGCCUUGAACAAGGCUUUGAGAGACCCUGUCAUCUACAGAUGUAACUUGACUCCUCACCACAGAACCGGUUCUGAGUGGAAGAUGUACCCUACUUAUGACUUCUGUGUUCCAGUCGUUGACUCUAUUGAGGGUGUCACCCACGCUUUGAGAACUAACGAGUACAGAGACAGAAACCCACAAUACGAAUGGUUCUUGAAGUCUUUGAACUUGCGUCACGUCCAUAUUUGGGAUUUCGGCAGAGUCAACUUCAUUAGAACUCUUUUGUCCAAGAGAAAGUUGCAAUGGUUUGUUGACAAGGGAUAUGUCGGCAACUGGGACGACCCAAGAUUCCCAACCAUCAGAGGUGUCAGAAGAAGAGGUAUGACCGUUGAGGGUUUGAGAAACUUCAUCCUCUCUCAGGGUCCUUCCAAGAACAUCAUCAACAUGGAGUGGUCCACCAUCUGGGCCAUGAACAAGAAGAUCAUCGACCCUGUUGUCCCAAGACAUACCGCUGUUGACGCGAAGAAUGCGGUGAAGGUUCUCCUUUCGAACGGCCCUGCCGAGCCUCAGACUGAAGAAAAACCAAAGCACAAGAAGAAUGCAGACGUUGGUUUGAAGAAGGUCAUUUUUGCCAAGAAUUUGUUGAUUGAUCAAGCAGAUGCUGCAACCUUCGCAGAAGGCGAGGAGGUUACUUUCAUGGACUGGGGUAAUGUCAUUGUCAAAAAAAUUCACAAGGACGGUGACAUCGUGUCUUCUAUCGACGCCGAGUUGCAUUUGGAGGGUGACUUCCGUAAAACUGAGAAGAAGGUUACUUGGCUCGCUGACACCGACGAUAAGGUGGAGGUUGAAGUUCACGACUUUGACCAUUUGAUCACCAAGGACAAGUUGGAGGAGAACGACAACUUCGAAGAUUUCAUCACCGAGAAGACCGAAUUUGUUUCGACUGUUCUUGCUGACGUGAACGUUAGAUCUUUGAAGAAGGACGACAUUAUCCAGUUCGAGAGAAAGGGAUUCUUCAAGGUUGACGAGGGUCUUGACCAGGGUAAGAUUGUGAUGUUCACUAUCCCAGAUGGUAAGAAGAAAUAG